AUGGCAGAUCACGAAUGGGGAUACACGGGCGAAAACGGCCCAGCGACAUGGAUAGAAAAAUUCCCCGAAGCUCGUGGCGCGCGUCAGAGUCCUGUAGACAUCGACACAUCACGCGCCAGCAGCGGAGGCAGUGCGCCACCCCUCACCUGGCGCUACUCCGUUAACCAUACCCGAUCCGUUGUUAAUCCUGGAUAUUGCUGGCGCGUCGAUGAGAACGGAUAUGAUUCAGAAUUGCGCGGCGGCCCGCUGGGUUCCGAUGUAUACAAACUACAGCAAUGGCACUGUCACUGGGGCGCUGUGAAUGGAGAAGGGUCGGAACAUACGGUGGAUGGUCGUGCAUUCUCAGGAGAACUACAUCUCGUGCACUGGAACACUUCUAAAUAUCACAGCUUCGCGGAAGCGGCCGGACAAACUGACGGCCUCGCCGUACUGGGAGUAUUAUUGAUGGUUGGCACGAAACACGAAGAGUUGGAGAAGGUGGUCCGUCUUUUACCAUUUAUUCAACACAAAGGUGACAAGGUGACAAUGUCUGAACCGCUGGAUCCGGCGAUGCUGCUGCCACAGCGCAAAGCCUACUGGACCUACCCUGGCUCUCUCACCACUCCACCCUGUACCGAGUCUGUUACAUGGAUACUCUUCAAGGAACCGAUACAAGUUUCUGCUGAACAGCUGGCGUUGAUGCGAAAACUACGAUGCGGCGAGGCUUCAUGCGGCGUGGAGGCCAUGGAGCUGCUGCACAACUACCGACCCACGCUUCCGCUCGGCAACCGCGAACUGCGCGAUUACGGCGGGAACUAA